CUAACGGUCUUUUGUAAGGAGACAAGGCCGUUCAACAGAGAAGAAUUGUACUGUGUACUUAAGAAAAUAAUUUUUAUUUAAACAAAGGCAUACUAUGUCUUCUAUCGAGACAGAAUCGAAGAAAGUGCUUAUGAUUUGCUUAGGCAAUAUUUGUCGUUCGCCUAUAGCAGAGGCUGUAUUCCAGAAUGAAGUGAAGAAGAGAGGUUUGCAAGAUCAGUGGAAGGUAGAAAGCGCUGCCAUUAUUGGAUAUCAUACAGGUAAAAAACCAGAUAUUAGAGCACGGGAUACGCUAACGGAAAAUGGAAUCAUUGAUUAUUCCCAUACAGCCCGCAAAAUCGAAUUAGACGACUUCGACAAAUAUGAUUGGAUAUUUGGUAUGGAUCAGGGAAACAUUAAAGAUUUACUUAGUACGAAACCAACGACUUCCCAAGCAAAAGUGGAACUUCUAGGAAGUUAUAAUCCAAGCGGAACAAUUAUAAUACGAGAUCCGUAUUACGACAGCGAUAGUGCAGGAUUUCAGAAAGCCUAUGAUCAAUGUAUAACAUGCAUAACAGCAUUUUUGGACAAAUAUUCAAGUUAAUGAGAAGACUGUUCUAAAGAAUCAAUUUACCUAUAUAUUUUUAGAAGAAUAUGUUCUGAACCAAUAGAUCCAAAAUUUUUAAAUAUUAAAUUUAUUACAAAAUAGAAUGUUUCCCAAGAAUAUCAUCAUAUUUAAUAUAGAGAAAUGAAUAUUGAUAACAUCAUUCAUAAGAUCAUUAUAAACUUAUUGGUAUGUUCUAAGAUAAUUAUAUAAGAAAAGGAUGUGAGAAAUGUGUAAAUGUUAAA